AUGGGGCUCCGGGCCUGCGUGCUCCUUGCCAUCGUGACGGCCCUGCUGGCACGCAGUCAUGCCGCCAGGGUCCUCGCCGAUGGCUUCUUCGAGCACAAGACCCAGGCCGCAACUGGGCAGACAACAGGCACAUGGGCGGUCCUGUUCUACGAGUCGCUGCCCGAGGAGCCGGCUGCGCUGGGCGAGUUUGAGGCCCUGACGCAGCCCGCCCUUGAGCACCAGAUUUUCCUGGCACGGGUGGACAUCUCCACCAAUCCCCAGCUGCGCCACAGGUUCAGGGCGGUGGGUUCCCCAGCGGUGGUCCUGUUCCGGCACCAGAAGGCAAGAAUGUAUAGGUACGAAGGGACUCUGAGCCGGGACUCCUUCCUGCAUUGGGCCACGGAAGCCUACGAAGCAUCACCCGGAGCCAAGGUGCCCCAGCCGCCGCCUGCAUUCAGGCUGCUGAUGGAGCCCCUGUACAGCUACGUGGAUGGCAGGGUGGGCGCAGCGGUGGGAGUGCUCGUGGGGGCCGCGAUCCUAGUCACUCUACUGGCGGCGAGGCACGAACGGGAUCGCAAACGCAAGCCGAGGUGGAAGCAGCACUGA